AUGGGUUAUGUAGCAGGAGAUUUGGUUGCUCUAGCAAAAAAGGCUGGUAUGCUUGCUGUAGAUAGUAUCAUUAGCAAGAGAACAUCAGAGUAUUACAAAGAACCGAGGCUCAGGGCUCAAUAUGAAGAAUACAACAAACUACCAUUUUACGAUGCAGAAUUGGAGAACCUCAGCAUAACCAUGGAACACUUUGUGGAAGCUGGUAAGAUGGUUCAGCCGUCUUCUAUUAUGAAAGAAUUUUUCACCCCACUAUAUGCAAAGUGGGAUGAUGUUGGAGGCCUUCAAGCAUUGAAAUUGGAGUUUGAACGCCGUGUAGUCAAACGGUUAAAGUAUCGUCAAGUUUAUGAGUUUCCUCCUUUUUCCUUUGUGGCCCUUCUGGCUGUGGAAAGACAUUGCUUGUCAAGGCUGUGGCUAAAGAAGCAGGAGCAACUUUCAUGUGCCCGGCAUCUGAUGAAAUUCGGCGAUCAGUGCGAGAUGGUGGUGCACAACAUAUUUAGUUAUGCAAGCACUCACGUCCCAUGUGUACUUUUCUUCGAUGAGUUGGACGUAGUGGCCUCAUGUGACGAUGUACCACGAUGGCCGGACUUUAGUCAGCUAAUAUCUGAGCUGAGUGAUACAGAAAUAAUGAUGGAAAGUGUUCUUGUGUUUGGUGCAACAAACAGGCCUGAAAUCGUGAAUCAUUCUGAACUCAUCGAAACACAGUUUGAUAAGAUCCUGUAUGUUCCUCUCCCUACUCCAGAAGAGCGAGGUGAGAUAUUGAAAGCUCUUGCUCGAUGCAAGCCAAUAGAUGCCGAUGUGGACCUGAUGGCCCUAGGAAACAACGUGGCUUGCCAAAAUUUUAGUGGUCGUGAUCUAUUUGCUUUGAUGACAGAAGCUUCUAAGUUCGCCAUUGAUCGACCAGCAUUGUCUGUUGGGAGUUGCAUGACAAUCAAAGAUGCAGAUUUCAAGAGCGCGUUGGCGAAAGUCUCCCCUUCUCUCUCAGCCACGGAAGUCAAGAACUGGGAGGUCCAGUCCAAGAAGAUUGAUGUUCAUAGCAGUUCUGUGAUGGACUGGUAGCAAAUCAAAGCAGUCUUUUAGAAGUAUUUCUCUCUGAAGGUUCGGCGGAAUAAAAGUAGCCACAAUGAUUCCUACUCCAACUGCAGCACACACAUAUUCCCACUGUAUCUCCUUCUCUUCCCCAUUUUCAUCAUAUCACGGUGGUGGUACAUUAGUAUCAAUGCAACUUAUGUCGAGAGGUAAACCGCAUAACCCUGAAUUUCCUUCAAAUGAAUCAGCCGAGAAUGUUGAGUUUGUCGCCCUUUUUGAGAUCGCUCCAACAAGCUUAUUGUAGGAGUGGUUCAAUUUUGAGAGGAAUGUGAGCCCUCCAAGCUCCUCCAGGAUUGAGCCUACUAGUUAGCCCACAGAGAGGUCGAGUGAUUCGAGAUUCUUAAAUUAACCAAAUGAUUUUGGGAUGCUUCCAUUGAGGGCAUUGUGGGAGAAGUUAAGAUGAUGAAAUGAGGUAAGAUUACCAAUUGUAUUUGGUAACUUUCUGUAGAAACUUUUGGAAGAUAGAUUCAUGGCACUAAAGUCUUCCCAGAUGGUUUGAAACUCCAACAUUUGCCCUGUCACGAUUAUUGUCAUGCCAACUUCGUAGAAGCCAUGGUCGUCUUCCAAAUUUCCAUCAUUCGAUAGCACCAUAGCUUGUGUGUCCAGCUAGAGAAGUUACUGAUUCCAAACUCCCACUAAAAUGAUUGAAAGAUAUAUCAAGAAUUCUGAGAGAUGGCCAACUAGUGGGACAUCUUAAAUCACCACGGAACCUAUUGGAGUGCAAAACAAGAGCAACCAAACCCGAUGUUCGAGUGCAUGGGAAAGUGUCGU